AUGCGUUUCUCAAUCGUCUUCCUCGCCUUAUCGGGCGGUGCAUCGGCUCUGCCCGCUCUCAACGGUCUCACUGCCCGCCAACCCGUCGAUCUCGUCAACCGCCGCGACAUCGAAUUCAAAGGUUCCGCCGCCCCCGCCCUCGUCGACGACAUGAGUCUCUCCCGCGUCGAGACGGUAACAGCACGAGAUGCAGAGGAAGAAGAGGAGGCAGAGGAGGAGACAGCAGCAGCAGCAGCAGCAGCAGCAACGAAGACGAGGAGCCUGCCUCCAGCGGCAGUGGAGCCGAGACAAGCAAAGGCGUCGGGGAGCGGCACCGCCAAGACCACAAAGACCGCAAAGACGCCGAAAAAGGGCGAUCCGCGCGUCGAGGCGAUUGGUGACAACAAAGUCAACCCGACGACCGGGCUGACGGACUCGGAGGCGGCCGAGAUCGUCACCGGCCUCGACCUCAAGGACAAGAAGGCGCCCGGGUCGAUUGAUUCCAAGGGCAAGCGGAUCCCGCUUCCCGGGUUGAGCGCCGAUGAGACGGAUGCUAUUGUGAAGCAGGGGCAGGCUGCUCUCAAGGACGCCGGUGCAUAG